AUGGAGACCCCCUCUUCAUCAGCAGACCCUUCAAUAGCUUCAUCUUCUCCGCCACCAACCGGUUUGGGAGGUGGAAUGGAUCCUAGCGAUGUAUAUCAGUACCAGCAGCUUUCUUUACAUUCGGCGGCGACAACACCGGAAAUGGCGGCGACAGGUUUUCAUCCUUCGGCUGGGUUUUCGGUGGCUUCAAUGGGCGGAUUCGCAAAUGGUACUACUUCACCAGUAGAGGGUGUUGCGCAUCCAGAACUUGUACCUAGCCAAACUAUCGAUCCGAAUGCGACAUACAACAUGGGAAACCCAUCACCAGUGAUGUGGACGCAAGGCCAAAUGUUAGCAGCACCACCACCACAUGCUCAACAGAUACCACAUCAUCCCCAAAUGCUGAGCCCGGCCGCCGCCGCGACACCUUACACAAUACGACCCGACGGAUCGAUAUGGCCUGCACCGCCUCAACGCUCCAUGACCACAAUCCCCUCGCAGCCAGAAAUGUAUCAUCCUCACCCUCACCAGCACGCCAUGUUCGCGACACCGCAGGCAGUACCACCGCCAGAAUUGAAACGAAGCAUGACCAGUCCGGCGGCAGCUCCUCCCGGUCGUGCUCAGCUCUCUCCUUUACACAGCCCAGUAUCAACACAGAUACCGAUCAAUUACUCGGGUCAACCGAUCCAAUAUCAGCAUCACGCGCCUCCUCCUGCUCAAUCGCAGCCUUAUCCCCAGCAAUGGAAUCCUGGUAUGAAUACCAUACCGAUGGCAGACGGUACUUAUAGGACCAUAUAUGCACCACCCGAACAUUAUCAGAUGACUGGCCAACAACAUCCGGCGACAGGGCCAUAG